AUGGCGGCCGUGGAAAUGUGGAAUAAAGGAGAAAGAGAGUUCUGCAAGGAUCAAGAAAGAGAAUCCAAGCCAAGCAAAAUGUUAUCCCACUCCAUAGAGGAAAUACUGAGGAGGCCGGCUCGAAUCGGUAAAGAGAGGAGAGUUCAUCGCACCUGGUCUGUCAUCAAGGAGAACACCAGAAUAUCUGCCCAGAUCUCAUGUACAGACACUCCAGACAUUAGACUGCUUGAAGAGUCUCCAAAAGUCACAGCAGGCUGUUUGAGUCAGCGGAAAAAGCGACAAACGAGGGUCACGUUCACAACCUCCCAGGUGCAGGAGCUGGAGAAAGUCUUCCAGCGGACCCACUACCCCGACGUGAGCACCAGAGAGCAGUUAGCGUCUCGUCUACACCUCACUGAGGGAAGAAUACAGAUUUGGUUCCAGAACCGCAGAGCCAAAUGGAGGAAGACCGAAACACAGAAGGACAUAGAAAUGAUCAGCAGGCAUCAGCUUCAGUCCAGCAGUCAUCCUCUUUAUUAUGAGGGAAACGGCGUUUUGGGUGACUCUCUUACAGAAUCCCCCCGUGCAGACCGCGUGCUGGCUGCCCUGCUGCUUACCUGA